AUGCCUCCCCAAAGCAGAGGGACUCCUCUCAAACCGCCGCCCGUCCCCUCGGGCUUCCAAUCCAAAUCCACGCCGAAUCUGCCCACGCUGCGAACACGCGACACGAAUCCCAGCAACAAUGUCUCGGACUCCCCGGACGCGCCAGGCGAAGCAUUCGCGCUGAAUACAAAUCUCAACAAGCAAUCUCGAUCGCCAGCAUCGUCUGAAGUAGACUCGGGCGAGGACGAGGAUGGCCAUGUUCCAAGUCUGCCUCGAAGGCCACUCUACCACCAUCAUUCGCGAAGCCACACCCAUCUGGCCCCCUUGGCUUUUGCACCUCCCUUCUACAACCGACCACCAACACCGCUUCCGCCCUCACCAUCUCUGACUUCCUUGCUCCGACCGAAUUUCAGUUCCCAGAAUAGCAGGCCAGCCACACCAGAUCCGUCCAGCGAUGAGGGAACAGUGCAUACACGAGGCGAUGCGACAGGCACGCAAACGCCAAACUCUGCCGCUGCGUCAACCCUGACCAGCACAUUUCGCUCGGCAAAGCCCAUCCCGCGAGCCAGUCCCAAGGUGCCGACGUAUGAGUACUACGGCUUCACCUUGUACAUGACGAGCAGUCUGGCUUUCAUCGUCUAUCUCCUCUGGGCCUUUCUCCCUUCGCCUUUCCUACACCAGCUCGGGAUUGAAUACUAUCCGAAUCGUUGGUGGGCACUCGCGAUCCCCGCAUGGUCGUUCAUGCUGGUAGUCUACAUAUACGUCGCCCUGGCUUCAUUCAACGUCGGCUAUCUCACACUGCCGCUUCAAAGCACAGAGUGUCUUGUGGACGAAGCUGCGAAUGUCGCGGUGAUUGAUGAAAGCGGCAAGAUCAUUAGGAAUGAUCGUGCGAGCUGGCGGAGUCCCAGUCCGGAUCGUCUCAAGCAGAAACCGGUAGUGGCCAAGAAGGGCAAGAAUGGAGGCCAUAGUAGGCAAUCAAGCUUGACGAAGGUUCAGACGAAUCGCGAGCUCGAUUGGCGGAGUAUGUGGAAUGAAGGCACGGAUGCCGUCAUGGAUAUACCGAUAGGAGGCGUUUGUGAGAUUUUGUAUGGCGGUGCUGCUUCUGAUGAUGAUACCCUGUGUGAGUAUGAGCAAUGA